AUCAAACUUUGCGUAAAACUCUCUUAGCAAUUCCCAUUUUCUUUCUCUCUCAUCUCAUAUUUUCAGGUGUUUACAAAUGGAGGUGAUGCUUAACAACACUCUGCUAACGUGCGCUUCCACUCUUUUAGCAUCCAACCAGGAUGUUGUUGCGCCACCGUUCGCAAUUGAGACCAAAAUCAAGGGAGAGCAAAACACAAAUGAUGAGCACAAAGUAGUUGCUGCUGGUGAGGAAGGUGGAGAUGGAAAUGACAACGAUGACAAUGAGAAUGGAGAAUUUGAGGACGGCGAAGGUGAAUUCUCUGAUGAAGGGGUUCAUGGAAACAAUCCCAACAAAAGCAAAGGAAAUGCCAAGAAAAGCAAUGGAGAAGGUGAUGACAAUGGAGAUGCAGAAGAUGAAGAGGAGGGUGGUGAUCAAGAAGGUCAUGAUGAUGACGAUGACAAUGAUGAUGACGAUGAUGAUGAUGGUAAUGAUGAUGAUGAUGGCGAAGAAGGGGAGGAAGAAGAAGAAGAAGUUGUAGAGGAGGAGCCAGAAGAUGAUGAAGAAGAGGAUGAUGAGGAAGAAACUAUCCAACCUCCGAAGAAGAGGAAGAAGUGAACGACUGCCUUAUGUUCUCUUUGAACAAUCUGAACUUAGUUUAACUUGAGAGGGAGAAACAUCCAUUAUGCUUUUUAAUUACCUUUCAUUUGAAGUUGAAGAGAACUCUGGAACUUUCAGUUGAGGAAACAAAAUUAUCCCUUCAAUUUAACAUGUUUCCCAAAGUAAA